AGAAAGAGAAAAAAAAGGACUUGAACCCUAUACUAUUUACCCUCUCUCUGCCGCGACCUUACGCCGCCACGCUAACGCCCAUCAAAUGCUUUUUCUUCUCUUUGUUGCUUCUUUUUUGUUUCUCCAUUCAACCGAGGGUUAAGUUCUUGAUUCGGCUUGGCCAUUCCAACUUGAAACCCGACUUAUAUUGGACGCAAAAUUUGAUUCCUACCUUGCGGAGGCCCUGAAACGCACCUCCGUCUCUCUCGAAAGCGAGGCCUUCUUCCAAUCGAUUGAAAGCCAUCGCCAGUCUCUGUUUCAGCUUCCAGCUGACAUUUCGGAGGAAUUAUUAUGUCGCUUUUUAAACUUUCAAGAAAUGGUGUUCGGAUGAUAAAAGGUCUCUUCAUAGGGAAAUCAUUACUAGUGACUAAAGCAAGUCAAGUUCGAGGCCCUUUUUUCAAAUACUUACGAACUCUGCCACAGGCACAAGUUCAGGUGCUUCAAGGUUUCAAAUGGCAGGAACAACGUCUGUAUUCUACCUCAGGUCCCCAGAAUGGCUCUAAUGAAGAGAAUGAAUCAAAAGAAACGAUAUCUGUCACGUUUGUCCUUAAGGAUGGAGAAGAGCAACAAAUUAGAGUUCCUGUUGGAAUGUCCAUGUUAGAAGCUGCUCAUCAAAACGAUAUAGAACUUGAAGGAGCUUGCGAAGGUUCACUAGCUUGUUCAACUUGUCAUGUUAUAGUGAUGGAUAUGGACUACUACAAUAAAAUAGAAGAACCAGUUGAUGAGGAGAAUGACAUGUUGGAUCUAGCAUUCGGGCUUACAGAAACGUCUCGUUUGGGAUGUCAAGUUAUUGCAAAGCCUGAACUUGAUGGAAUUCGUUUAGCCAUUCCUGCAGCUACCAGAAAUUUUGCUGUUGAUGGCUUUACUCCAAAGCCACACUAAGCAUUUUGCCACAAUCAGAGGAGGAGCAAACAAGGUUUAACCCGCUAGUUUUGCCUCAUGAGCCAAUUUAUCUCUGCUUUCAUGUUUCAAAAUAUGUUAGAAACUGUUUUGAGAAUUGACUACAUUUAUCUUCUAUUCUUUUGGAAAUGUAGCUGAUAUGUGAUGAUCAAAUUCCAUAAAAGAAAGAAAUAUUUAAAUUUUUUGACUAAGCUCGGACUUCAGGUCAAUAAGUUAUUUAAAAGUUCUUGGUGAUCCUUCA